AUGAGAUUAAGCGACCUUCUUGCGCUGGCGUGCGUUGUACAUUAUGCAUUCGCCAUAGGGUUUCUCAACAGCCCGCUGUCCCGCGACUUGCAUCUGGCGGCGGCGUUAGGGCUAGACGCAGACAGCGUUCUCUUGAAUCCCGUGAAUUUCCACCAAACAAUUGAGAAGUCGGUGUCUAUUUCAGUUACCCCUGAAUAUGUUUCUAUACCAAUUGAUCAUGACAACUAUACCCUAGGUACAUAUCAGAAUAGAUAUUGGGUAUCGACAAAGUACUAUAAGCCCGGAGGACCUGUUUUUGUAUAUGAUGUCGGCGAAACGUCGGCUGAGAGCUCGGCUCGAUCUAUGCUGUCUAGUGAUUCGACCUUUGUGGGAAGCCUUCUGAAAGACUUUGGCGGGAUUGGUAUUGUUUGGGAGCAUCGGUAUUAUGGAGAGUCAUUACCAAUGGGCCCUGUGGACCUCGACACGCCAAUAGAGAAUUUCAAAUAUCUCACCAACCACCAAGCAUUAUUCGACAUACCACAUUUUGCAAGCAAUUUUCAGCGAAGUGACAUUCUCGACGAGGAUUUAUCGCCCAAAGGCACUCCCUGGGUUAUGCUCGGCGGGUCAUAUUCGGGCAUGAGGGCGGCGUUUACUCGGAAUCAAUUCCCAGAUACUAUCUACGCCGCGUAUGCCUCCUCGGCACCUGUCCAAGCGAAGGUCGAUAUGGGAGUCUAUUUCGAGCAGGUUUAUCGUGGAAUGGUGGCCAAUGGGUACCAAGGCUGCGCACAUGACCUUCACGCUGCCAUGGUCUAUGUGGAUUCGCAGCUCGCCCGCAACGGAUCGGCAAGCGAGGCUGUGAAGUCGCUAUUUCUCGGUGAAGGCGGAAAGAGAAAUUCCAAUGGUGAUUUCACGUCUGCUUUAGGCUACAUCUACGGCACUUUCCAGGCAUAUGGAAUGGGAGGAGGAGAGUCGAGUUUGGGUGCAUUAUGUGAUUGGAUGGAGGCGCUACCAAAUGCAUCUCGAGCAAACUCCUCGCGAGCAGGACGACGCAAUAAUUCCACAGAAUCGAACAAUGGAACCCUACCAACAUCAGCGACGUCGACUGGCUGGGCUCCGUUUGUCGGCAAGAAGAUUGUUGCCGAGCGCUUUGCAUCUUGGCCUCAACUCAUCCCGCUCAUCAAUGGCUACAGCUCGACGGAGUGUGGCAAGGAUGUAUCGGAUUUUGAGUCCUGCGAUUUGGGUACGAGAAUGGAUGAUUCAGAUUCGAUUAGUUGGAUGUGGCAGUACUGCUCGCAAUUCGGGUUCUUUCAACAAGACAAUAUCAAUCCUAACCCUACUCACGGUCUCCUAUCCACCCAUCAAACCCUGGCAUACAACCAGGAGGUAUGCAACCGCCAGUUUCCCGGCGCGGUAGAGAACGGCCUCCUCCCUCCAUCCCCUGCGGCCGAGCAGACAAAUCAAGAGACCGGAGGCUGGACAAUCCGUCCGUCGAAUACGUACUGGUCAGGCGGGGAGUUUGAUCCGUGGAGGCCAUUAUCGCCGCUUUCCACCGAAGAUUUCGCGCCAAAUUUUGUGACGUUUAGAACGAAUACACCGGUAUGUGGUCGGAAGACCGCGAGGAGAGAGCUGUUUGGGUAUGUGAUGAAGAAUGCGAUGCAUUGUUUUGACUUGAAUAUGAGGUUUGAAGAAGGCGCUUUGUCGAGGGGUUUCUUCACUGAUGCGUUGAGAGAGUGGUUGUCGUGCUGGAAGAAGCAGAAGAGAUCGGUAUGGAUUGCUUGA